AGUGAAUGUCACUUUUGUUUGAGCUCUCCGCAAGCAGGCCUUCAUCCGCAAGGAACAAGUUCGCCAUACCGGAUAUGUGCUUAUAUAAAGAGGGCGAUAGUCCUUCGUUUGAGCAUCUCUUGUUGCGAAGAAUCUCCGAAAUGAAAUUCGCGUUGAUUUUGCUGUUGGGUCUUCUCGUAUUCUCCAAUCAACAGUUUUUUCAGCUACUAGAAAAAGAAAGGUUACUUUGGUGGUUAUUUCAUUACCCACCACGACCCGUAUUUCAUAACUACAAUUACCAACCUGUUAAAAAUCACGAUACGGAAGAUAGCAGGGCGGCCACAUAUAUCGAUCGUUGGUCACAUUCGCCAGGAAUUCCAGCCUAUUCACAAGAUAAGCAACCGUACUUGAAUGCCAUGGAAAACGUAAACAAUGUGAACGAAGAUCAAUUUCCAGAUGUUCAAUCACGAGGCAAACUGGGCAAAGGCCGUUUUCUGCCUUCGUUUUUUCAACGGCUGAAAGCGCAAUACAAUCAUCCGCGAAUCGUCAUCAGCAAGGCCAGUCGAACUAAUCUGCUGAAAAAAAUGAAAACGGUUACAUUCACGUUGGUGUCAACUUUGACGAUCGUCACGGUGCAAUCGUGCAUUCCGAUUAGCGAGUUUACUUCCGGUUGGGCAGGCGCGAUUUGUCGUAAACGACGUGGAUUUUUAGAGUCCUCAGAUUCUAAAUCAGAAACGAGCCAGUUUGCCAUCGCUCCGUCAGGCGUACAACCAGUGGAGCAAACUGUUCUAUCGUCGCCAAGAGAUCCAACGGCAGCAGAAAACGGACCAUUCGUAAACGAUCCGGCAGUGAAUCACGGCGUUAUUUCUUCGAAAGAUGAAGACAUUCUUGAUGACUUUUCGAACGUCACGCUAAAGGCGGUGGUGUAUUUAAGAGAGAAAAGGUUUUUUUCCCAUCUUGUGACGACGACGACAUCCAUCAGUUACGCAUUACUGAAUCUAACAGUCACGAAAACAGUUAACUUGUUGAACCCAAACCCAUUUUUUCCUCCGAUAGGACAGUUAGCUUGCCUUCCUCAGGGUUUUGUUGUCUGCUCUAACUUCAGUACUACACCACCACCAAUACCCUCCUUCCCUUAAGACAUCGAAAUUCUGUUUUUCAACAUUGUUUGUCUCGAUACGUCGUCGAAUCUGAUUUAUGCCUCCAUCCUUUGGUUGAAAUCUGUGCAAUCAUAUACUUGGUUAUUGUAUCAGAUAAAGGGAAAAUCAAUAUACCAUUCAAA